AUGAUUAAAUACAUGGGUGAAAGCGAAACACAAUUAUGUCCAAAGGAAAAAAGCAAUUCAUUGGGAAAUGGGGUUAAUAUUGAGUAUAUUCAAAAAAGUAGACAACAAUACGCUAAGGAACUUUCAGAAGUUUACCACGCACUGAGUAAAGGACUAAUCAACGACAAAGAAGUGUCACGAAAUACAAAAGUAAAAGUCUACAAGGAUGUGAACAGACCGAUCCUGAUAUAUGGAUGUGAAACAUGGGUAUUGUCCGAAAGACAAGAGAGUAAAGUGAAUGCCGCUGAAAUUAAAUACCUGAGGAGAGUCAAGGGAGUAACAAGAAAGGAUAAAAUUAUAAAUGACGAUAUUAGAGCCGAAUUAAAGGUCAAGCGAGUAAAGGAGUACACAGAGCAGAGGCAGCUAGGAUGGUGGGGACAUUUGCAGAGAUUGAACUCGACAGUGCCUAUCCAAAAAAUGUGGGAAAGUAGACCGACGGGACGUAGAAAGAGAGGAAAACCUAGAAAAAUUUGGAACGAAACAAUAGACAAGAUUUUGAUAAAAAAGGGAAAAAUCUGUAAUGGAGCAAUGCAAAUUGCACUGGAUAAGAAGAGAUGA